CGGCGGCGGCGGCCGCUCAGUCGACAGGGGGAAGGCGCAACGCUGGCCGGUGCGUCUCUCCUCACAACACCAGCGACCGGGGGUCUGCAGUGCCGCACGUGGACCGGUGGAACGGCGAUACAGAGCGCGGUGGUGGCUCCUGGGUGACGCACGGGCACGCUACCAAAGGCCCGAGUGGACCAAGGAUUAACUAGCCCGCUCCGCGGAGCACGAUGAGGACCGCGCUGGAUGCAAUAGCCCUGGUGCUAGCCGUUACCGGCUUGGUAACCGGCCAGAAACCACCACUCGCUGUGAAGAGUCCCGUGCAAGACAUUCGAAUAGAAUGCAACAGCAACGACAUCGUCGUCUCAAUCUUCACCAUCACCGACUUCAACGGCAUGGUUUACCCCAAAGGCCUGUCCAAGAACUCCACCUGCAUGUCUGAGUUCAUCAGGCAGGAGUCGCCGGUCCAAUACAAACUGUCCCUGCGGAACUGCAACACCAUGGGCGUCUUGCAGGAGGACGGCAUCGAGUACUUCAACACGAUCGUCGUGCAGCCGCACAGGAGGCUGGUCACCAACCAGGGCCGCGGCUACCACAUCCGCUGCAAAUACCAGACCAGGGACAAGGCCAUCAACAACACGCUCGCCGUCAGUCAGCUGGGCACAACUCCGCUGACGGCUACGGCGCCGAUGCCCGUCUGCUCGAUGAAGAUUUACUCUGACGUCGCGGACAAGGCGAUCGCCGAGACGGUGAAGAUCGGUGACCCCCUGACGCUGGAGGUCAGCAUCGACGAGCAGGACAUCUACGGCCUCAAGGUGGUCGACUGUAUGGUCCGCGAUGGCCUAGGCUGGGGCCAGCAGCCGCUCGUCAACUCCGAGGGGUGCCCGGUGGAUUUCGAGAUCCUCGGCCCGCUCGAGUACACCGACAGCAAGACGAGCGCCUCGGUCAGCUUCCUGGCGCACAAGUUCCCCUACACGGCGUCCGUCUACUACCAGUGCAACGUCAGACUCUGCCUCAAGCACGGGGGCGGCUGUGACGAUGUGCCGCCCGUGUGCGAGCAGGGCAAGAACCUGCGCCGGCGGCGGCGCGCCCUGCAGAACGCCACCGUCACCGACGUCGAGCCGGGCGACGAGCGCGUCAUCGAGGUCUUCAGCGGCCUCUACGUCAACGAGGGCUCCGAGCCGGAGGCGGCGGAGUCCGGCGACGGCCCGACCAAGGAGGAGCUGGAAGAUGGCGACAUCCUUUGCAUAUCGCCGCGGACGUUCGCCAUUGCGAUCGCCAUCGUCGGCCUGCUGCUGAUGAUCGCUGCCGUCGUGGCCAUCAUGGUCAUCAUCAGUCGGCGGCGACGGCGCAAGGACAUGUCGGCCACGGGCAGCUCCAUCUACUCGGGCCCGUACACCAACACCGCCUACUCGCACUCGAGCUGAGCCGCCUGGCGGCGCUGCGGUCGAAAAGACAGCAUUAUAGGUGGCGCUAGUGAAACAUGCGGCGAUGGAGACGCGCACGCUAACGCGGCACGAUCCGUAGCCGGAGACGCUUGUUCAGGGGCGCAGCCAGGUCUUGCGACAGGGGCAGGAAACCAUCAGGGUACUUGCAGACCUUAGGAAGCGAUUGGAGUGAGCAAUGGAGUGCAAGAAGUGGAGGACCAAAGAAAGGGACAGGCUCCCGUCGGCGCUACCGUUGGCUGCGCCCCUGACACUGUCUCCUGAAUAAAGGGGCCCAGGACCUGUAAACUGAGGCAGGCUAUCUCAUUUUCAAACUGAAUAGCAGCUAGGAAAAAGCUCAACAGUCAUUUUCAAGUCUUCGGCUGUUAUAUUACAAGGCGAAACAGCAUGGUCAAACAUACUUGCCUUAAAGAACCCGAGGUCCGUGCAUUUGUUACGAUUAAGAACGUCGCCAUUUCACUGGGCUCCCUCGUUCGGGAGACCGAUUGGAACACCUUGUGUGUUUGUUGUUGGAAUGGAUCCAGAAGUGCUUUACCGCUGAUAUAAUCGCGUGAUUUUGCGCGAAACAUGUGAAGUGUCUGUGCUGUGUUAUGAAUCCCCGCGAGAACAGAGCGGGAGAGGAUCUGAAUCGACCCGAAUUCACCAGAACUAAAUCGGUUCGCGUCACUGUGAACAUGCUGAGAAAAGCUCAGCUCGAGUCAGAACAUGCUGAGGAAAAGCUCAGCUCGAGUCAGAGAUGUCCCUUCAGCCAUGCCAUAACGCGAAGCUUCUGUCGCUGUCUCACUCGGUGAUUUGGUGCCCACCGUAUGCUAAUGACCCCAGCCAACGGGCUCCGCUCCCUUCCGCUUGCCAGGCGCCUUACUGACCAGUUUGGAGACAACGUAGGUCACCAGCGAGAAAUGUGCGAACUGUGAACACGUGUUGCUGCGAAGCCUUCACUGUAGAUAACCAUUGUUUUAAUAUAUUAGAAAACAAUAAACUCUUCUGUAAUAA